AUGGCCAACGUGAUCCUCUCCAUCAACGCCGGCAGCUCUUCACUGAAGACAACACUGUUUGUGGAGGAAGAAACUGAGGGCAAGGCCAGAGGGCUUCGGCGCCUGGGGAGCGCGGAAAUAUCUUCCAUCAAUGCCCCUCCUGCGCGCCUAAAAUAUCUUCGUGGCUCCUACAAAGACACCCGCGAAGUCGGCGACGUCAAUGACCACAACCACGCCUUUGAGCAUAUUUUGAACGCCUUCCUUGCUGACGCAGAGAUCCCAGAGGUCUCCAGCAAAGAUGACAUCGACUACACGGCCCAUCGAGUUGUACAGGGAGGAAAUUUCGAGGAGAACCAGUUCAUAACCAAAAAGACUUUGAAUAAGAUCAACAAGCUCUCAGAUCUUGCACCCUUGCACAAUGCCUCCGCUGUCGGUCUCAUGCUGGCCUGCCAUGAACACCUGCCUAAUGUCAUCAACGUCGCAUGCUUCGACUCCUCGUUCCACCAAACAAUGCCUGACUACGUCAAGAGUUAUGCCAUCGACCAGAAAAUUGCAAAAGAGAAGGGUCUGCGCAAAUACGGGUUUCAUGGGCUGAGUUACCAAUAUAUCACAAGAACCACGGCCGCGUUCCUGGGCAUGCCCGAAUCCGAGACGAACAUCAUUGCCCUUCACCUGGGGAGCGGUGCAUCCAUGUGCGCAAUACAGAAUGGACGGUCAAUCGACACAACCAUGGGCUUGACCCCCGUAUCAGGCUUGCCGGGCGGUUCCCGGAGCGGAGACAUUGAUCCCAGUCUUGUCUUUCAUUACACGUCCGAUGCCAGUGCACUGAGCCCCAACAGCACCAAGGAUCUCCAUAUCUCCACUGCGGAAGAGAUUCUCAACAAACAGUCCGGUUGGAAGGCAUUGACGGGGACAACAGACUUUUCGAAGAUUGCGGAUCCGAACGCCCCGGACACCCACAAACUCGCGUUCAACAUCUUUAUCGACCGAGUCGUAGGAUUCGUUGGCAACUACUAUGUCAAGUUGGGUGGCAAAGUCGAUGCCUUGGUAUUUGCUGGGGGCAUCGGCGAAAAGAGCUCAUACUUGCGACAAGUGGUGAUCGACAAGGUGUCGUGCCUCGGGUUCACUCUCGAUGACGAGAAGAACAAGAAGGGCACGGAGGGCAAUGACGUGGUGGAUAUCGGCACCAGCGACAGGAUACAUACGUUGGUCUGCGAAACGGACGAAGAUGUGAGCAUUCCCAAAAAUUUCACUUGGCGGAAGUUCUGGCUAACAGCGUGCAGCAUGAAAUGGCUCAUUCCGUCCUGUCAAUGCUCUACAAGAAAUGAUAAACAAACAGACUUGGACGACCCGAUGACGAACCACGCACGACAAUAG